AUGUCUAACAAUUCAUUUAGUGGCAAGAUUCCCCAAUGCUUGACUGGGACAAGAGGGCCUCUAGCAGUGCUGAAUCUAAAGAGAAACAAUCUCACUGGUAUAGUUUCUUAUACAUUUGCAAGAAAAUGUAGUCUACAAACUUUAGCUCUCAACAAAAGCCAACUGGAAGGAAAGGUACCAAAAUCUUUAGCCAAUUGCAGACUGUUGGAGGUCUUGGACAUUGGGAACAACAACAUGAAGGACACUUUCCCAUGCCACUUGAAGAAUGGAUCCAUGUUGCGUGUCCUUAUUUUGCGAUUUAACAGAUUUCAUGGCCCAGUAGGUUGUCUAAGUUCUAAUGCCACCUGGUCAAUGCUUCAAAUUUUAGACUUGGGGUCAAAAAACUUCGGUGGUAAACUUCCAACAAAUGUCUUUUCUACUUGGAAGGCAAUGAUGGCUGAUGAACUUUGGAUUCAAUCAGAGCUGAAUCACCUUCGAUUCGAUGAUGAUUUUGCUGCUCUUCAUUAUAAAGAUAAUUUUGCUGCUCUUCAUUAUAAAGAUACGAUAGCAAUUACCAUCAAAGGUCUUGUGGUGGAACUGGUGAAGAUUCUCACUGUCUUCACCUCCCUUGACUUAUCAUGCAACAAUUUCAAGGGGCCAAUACUCGGAGAAAUCGGAGAACUGAAAUUACCAUAUAUUCUCAACAUGUCGCAUAAAUCUUUUACAGGCCGAAUGCCUCCAUCUUUGAGAAAAUUGAGUCAUCUCGAGUCACUAGAUCUCUCAAGUAACAAACUUACUGGUGAGAUUCCUGUACAACUCGCAGAUGAUCUUACAUUUCUAUCCGUCCUUAACCUUUCAUUCAAUCAAUAG